AGCUUGGAAGACCUUGCUGUGACGUUCAUUUCAGAGACAAUAGAAGGCAUCAAACCGACGGCGCUCAAACCACCAGCGCCCUUGACUACACGACAGGAAAUGUUCCAGAAGCAGCUGAAACUUGAGCAAUACAUUUCGCGAAGCAAGGAGCUUAUUGCGGAGCUCAGCCAGGCGCAGAGCAAGGAGGAGAAAGAAAAUAUUAUGUCCGCGGUUCGUGAGUGGAGCAGGUAUGUG